UUGUCGCUUAGUCUGCUGUCGGCGCUUCAACCGCAAAGUAACCGCAAAUCGUGUGGAGCUGGCCCCAUAGGCACCCUUAGGCACACACACACGCACACAUAUAUAGUCGGGUUCUGUACGUGUCGGGCACUAUUCCGAUAGCCUAAGGAUAAGCGGCGCGUGCGCGUAUUUCGCAUCGAAUCGAGUUUCAAAAAAUUCUGAAAAUCUCGCAGGAUUUCUGUUCUCAGUUGCCAAGUGUGUUAUCGACAGUGUCGAGAGUGACUUGAAAGGAGAUAAGAAGAGAAAAGAAUACAAGUAUUACAAAAAUUUCACAUAUUGUUGUAAGGAUUUUGUGCACUAACAGACGCCACUAGCCGCCAAUCAGCAAAAAAAAGCGAACAAAAUGUCGGUCAGAUUGAAUGAAACACAAACCAUUGUGGACCGUAUGGUGAACUUCUUUGUGGAGCACGAGGAUCUGCGCACUAAGAGCUGGUUCCUCUCGAAUGCGCCCGGACCGCUGUUCAUGAUCCUGGGCGCGUAUCUGUACUUCUGUUUGUAUGCGGGCCCCCGCUAUAUGCGCGACCGGAAGCCCUUCGAGCUGAAGAACACGCUGCUCAUCUACAAUGCCGUGCAGGUGCUGCUCAGCUGGGUGCUCUUCUACGAGGGCUACAAGGGCGGCUGGGGCGGACACUACAACUUCAAGUGCCAGCCCGUCACCUAUUCCACGGACCCCAUCUCCAUGAGGAUGGCCCGUGCUGUGUGGCUUUACUACAUAGCCAAAAUAACCGAGCUGCUGGACACCGUGUUCUUUGUGCUGCGCAAGAAGCAGCGCCAGAUUUCGUUCCUGCACCUCUACCACCACACGCUGAUGCCGGUGUGCGCCUUCAUUGGGGUUAAGUACUUUGCCGGCGGCCACGGCACACUGCUGGGCUUCAUCAACUCGUUCAUCCACAUCAUCAUGUACGCCUACUACUUGCUCUCGGCCAUGGGACCCAAGGUGCAGAAGUAUCUGUGGUGGAAGAAGUACAUCACCAUUCUGCAGAUCGUGCAAUUCCUUAUCAUAUUCGUGCACACCCUGCAGAUCCAGUUCCAGCCCAACUGCAACUUCCCGAAGUCCAUCGCCGCUCUGCUGACCUUCAACGCCGGCCUCUUCACCUACAUGUUCAGCUCCUUCUACGUGCAGAACUACAAGAAGGAGGCCAAGCAGGCGGCUGCGGCCAAACAGGCCAAGCUGGCAGCGAAAAAGGAGUAGCUCGCUUCCUUCUGCUGCCAACGCUGUCGCCACCACCGCCGCUGCUCUUGUGCCUUAGAACGGCUGGAUCGGAGCCGUUAGUUAGGUUUUCUCUAAUUUAGGUACAUUUAUGUAGAGUACGAAUAUAGGGUCCCUCACCCCAUGUCACUGAUACUGUGAAGAUUCUCUACUAAUUUCGCUGCCGCCCACACAUCGACCUGUUGACUCGUCGACCUCGUUGUCCACCCCCCUGCAUUCAAUACACCUACAUAGAUAAAACGAAAAAAUUGGGAGAAAAACGGAUAUUACAUUUUGUAGUUUGUAAGUUAUUUUUGUAGAACAUAUUUAGCGAAGGGUGACAUGCCACAGUGCGAGAUCUUUGCACCUUUCCCGCAAAGACAGAGAGAGAGAGAGAGUGCAAUAGAACCAAAUAUUAUUAUUUAGUUCAAAUAGUUAUUACUUAUCGAAAUCGAGAGUGUUUGGAGGAGCGAGCCACAACCACAGCAGCAACUUACAAUGUUAACGUUUUGAAUAGUGGCAACAGGUAAUUCAGAGAAGCGCCAGCAACAAUAUCAUGCAAUCAACUUGCCCCCACCCCCUCCCCCUCCUACGCCCACGCCCACGCCUACGCCCCUCUUCCAAAAUUAAAAUACGUUUUAUGAUUAUUGUGGCCGCAUGCGGCGUGAAAUUUCAUAACAUUUGUUUGGUGCCACUAGACUAUUUGCUUUAGUAUUAACAAAAAACAUGUAUGACUUGUAUGUUUUUGGAACAAUAAAUAUUGAAAUACAUAAAAUUCAAGACAGAAA